AUGUUUUGUUACUUUUGUAUAUGUUAGUUAUAAUCUAAUUAGUCAUCGAUGCUUUUGUUGUGAGUUUAAAAUUGUAGUAACUAUGACAGUAGUGAAGAAGCGAACAUGGCAGAUUCUAUGAAAAAACAUGGGCUUUUUAUCGAUGAUAUGUCAAAAAUUCGUAUUCUUGAACCAGAAGUAGCCUCUCAGACUAAUAAAUUGAAAGAAGAGUGUCAAAAUUUUGUAAUUAGAAUUGAAGAUUUCCAUAAAGCAGCCGAGGAAUUUAUUACGAUUAUGAGUAAUUUAGCGGAACAAGUAGAAAGAGAAAAAAUGAGAUCAAUUGGUAUUCGCAAUUUAUUGCAUUCCCUUACUAAAGAGCACGAUGUUGAAAAGCAACAGUUAGAGGCGUUGCUGUUAGAGAAGAAUAUGGAAUUGGAAAGAUUACGUGUACAAUACGAAUCGUUAAAAAAAAUUGAGAGUGAACAAUUAGAAACCAUCGAGCAUUUAAUGGCAAAUUGAAUUUUAAUUUAUGUAGUUUAUUUGUUAAAAAGCAGCUCCUGAAUUUGU